AUCAUAAUCCUCGCAAGCUUCUUCGCUGAUUCUUCAAUUCUCGCUUUGCAAUGAGUGCGCAGCCCAGUCCGCUGAUGAAUCCCCAGCAGCAGCAGCAGAGUGAGCAGGAGAAGGUCUACCAGUGGAUCAACGAGCUGGCCCAUCCGGACACCCGCGAGACGGCGCUGCUGGAGCUGAGCAAGAAGCGCGAGACCGAUUUGGCGCCCAUGCUGUGGAACAGCUUUGGUACCGCCUGCGCGCUGCUCCAGGAGAUCGUCAAUAUAUAUCCCUCGAUAACGCCGCCCACUCUGACGGCCCAUCAGUCGAAUCGCGUGUGCAACGCCCUGGCUUUGCUGCAGUGCGUCGCCUCGCAUCCGGAGACGCGCACGGCCUUCCUGCAGGCCCAGAUACCCCUGUACCUUUACCCCUUUCUCUCGACCACCUCGAAGACCAGGCCCUUCGAGUACCUGCGUCUCACCAGUCUGGGCGUCAUUGGAGCCCUAGUUAAGACCGACGAACAGGAGGUGAUCACCUUCCUGCUGACCACCGAGAUCGUGCCCUUGUGCCUCAGCAUCAUGGACAGCGGCUCGGAGCUGAGCAAGACCGUGGCCACUUUCAUUAUCCAGAAGAUCUUGCUCGACGAGUCCGGUUUGUCGUACAUCUGCCAGACCUACGAACGCUUCUCGCAUGUGGCCAUCACCUUGGGCAAAAUGGUCAUCCAGCUGUCGAAGGACCCGUGUGCUCGCCUCCUGAAGCAUGUGGUGCGUUGCUAUCUGCGCCUCUCGGACAACACUCGCGCUCGCAAAGCCUUGGGCCAGUGCCUGCCGGACCAACUGCGCGACGGGACCUUCGCUCUGUGCCUGCAGGACGACAAGUCCACCAAGCAGUGGCUGCAGAUGCUGCUCAAGAACCUCGAGCUGGGCGUCACACCGCAGCAGAUCGGCAUGUCGCCGCUGGGCUCUUAGAUAGCUAAAGCUGCACCACUUCCAAGUAUUGCCAAGGCAAUCCAACAAUCCAACAUCCAACUGGUUAGCUGCCCGACCGAAUAAUAUAUUUAAUAAGCUUGCACAAGAUUGAUUGCCUGUGUCUAACCUAAGCAGAGCUGUAAUAUAAUAACUAAACAUAAACAAAGUACCGAUAAAGUAAUGUUAAUACUAAGUUUGUCACUGAUACUGAUAGCAAAUAAAGAACCUCAAGCAGACGACGAUGGGGUAUUCAAAGAGUUCCAUCAGA